GAUAGUUGAAACGUGUAUAGAUAAAGAAAGGAUGAAAUCGGUGAUAAUGACAUGUACCAAUAGAGUGGAAUAGUGGCUGCAAAGUGCAAAAACUGCAUAUUCUUUUGUGUCGUGUCGUACCGUAGCGUGUUCCAUUUCGUGGCGUGCAGCGUGCGGCGCAUAUUCAUCGACCCAUCAAAUUUCAAGACUCACUUCCUCACUUCUCCUUCCUUUGACAACAAACAAUGGGUGUCGGAACUAGCACCUUCGUUACCAGAUGGAUCAACUUCCUCACCAUGGUUUUAGCCAUCGUUGUCAUAGUAUUUGGGGUGUGGAUGAGCAUGCAUCAUGAUGGGUGCAGAAAGUCUCUCACUUUACCUGUGUUAGCCCUUGGAGCAGUUAUUUUCUUAAUAUCCAUAGUCGGUUUUUUGGGCGCCCUGAAAAAUAACUCCAUACUGUUGUGGAUUUAUCUGAUCUUGCUGUUCUUUGUCUUGGUGGGAAUCUUGGUGUUCACUGUGUUGGUGUUCAUUGUGACUAAUGAUGGAUCAGGUCAUAGUGUGACUGGCUUGAGGUACAAGGAGUAUCAACUUCAAGAUUAUAGCUCUUGGUUUCUCAAAGAGUUGAACAAUUCUCACAACUGGGAGCGACUUAGGGUUUGUCUUGUUAAAUCUGAUGACUGCAAUAAACUAUCCAAAAAAUAUAAGACUCUCAAAGAAUAUAAAUUAGCUAAGUUGAGCCCUGUCGAGGCUGGUUGCUGCCGACCACCUUCCCAAUGUGGGUUUCCCGCUGUAAAUUCCUCCUACUAUGACUUGACAUUUCAUCCGGCUAGUGCUAACAAAGAUUGCAAGCGAUACAAAAACUCCGGAGCUAUCAAAUGUUAUGACUGUGAUUCUUGCAAGGCUGGAGUGGCACAAUACAUGAAAAUUGAGUGGAGAGUUGUAGCAAUAUUCAAUGUUGUGCUAUUUGUUGUGUUGUGUAUUGUAUACUUUGUGGGAUGCUGUGCAAGACGAAAUGCUGCCAGGGGCCAUUCUAAAGCGUGAAGACUUGAAUAUUAUCAUAUUAUGUUGAUAUCUCCAAUAUUAUUCUUUUAUUUGAUGUGCAUAGAAAAUUCAAAAUUAGAGUGCAAAAUGUAACACUAUUAAUCAUUACAUAUACCUAGAGAGUUUGUUUGGAUGGACUUUUUACGAAAA